AUGGUCGCCAUCACUGAGAUGUUCUUUGUGGUCUUCAACCUGCUCAGCCUCUCCUUGGGCUACUUCGGGCCCAAGGGUCGCGUCAUCUAUGUCCUCCCGGAACGUAAUACGGUGGCCUUCUUCCAGGCAGCCAUUCAGGGCUACAGCAUGGACCAGGCUGGGCCCUUCAGGGAACCUGCAGAGGGAAGACAUGGCAGCAGGGGCUUCUCAAGGCUGUGGGGAGAAAAAGGGGGUCCCAACUGGGCCCAGGGCCCCCUCCCCAAAGCCGUGUGGCCCCAGGCUCUCCCAGAACUGGGCUUCAGCCAAGGAACCUCCUGGCCAGCAUCCCUGCAAAAAAGAACAGAAGCUGGGAAUGUUUUGGACAAUUACAAUACGACUUUUAUCGAGACGCUUUUGCAGGGUGUCAAAUCCACUGUUCUGCCUUGUACGUCAUCACAACCGGACCGUCUUGCGUAUCAAAUGCAUCCAGAAGAGAUGGAGCUGGCUGGGAAGGACCAAGAGCUUGGAGUUCUCUUCAAGUCCACCAGGAACACUGACUCCGCUGUGAAGGAAGCACGGGGGGGCUUCCAAACAGUGGGAACCAGUCACUCCCCCAAAGCAGAGGCCUCUGGACACGAGCCUGGAUCCGCACUCUUUUGAGGCACCCGGAGGUGGCCCUUGCAAAGAUGACUCAAGAUGGAACCCAGAGUUUUUUUGGGAUCUGCCAGAUCCACUCCCCACCCGACUUCCUUCCCCCGGAGCAGAGAUGAACGUAUUUACAAGACAUAGCAACUCUCUCUCCGCUUCCAACCAGGAUCAAGUGUGUGGUUAGCUUUUUCAAUCUUGCUUCUUGACACUGUGUGUAUUU